AUGAACAAGGCGACCCGGUGUCUGCUGUUCCUUUUCGUAUUCCACCCACGUGAUGGAAUAUUGGAUCCUCCAUCCUCUCCAUCAGACUCGACCACGUCUACGCCCCCGUCCACCACUCCGUCGCCCCCCUCGACGUCCACCACUCCUCCGUCGACGACCACAACGCCUACUUCGUCUGCCGCUUCGCCCUCAGCGACGCCUUCCACAUCGUCCACAGCAAAGUCAGCCUCAUCGACGACGACGACAUCGCUCACCACUACUGGUACGCCUUCAAAGCCACCUGACACCAGCACAGAUCAAGUCACUUCCGCAAGCACGGGUGCAAAUGGAAGUACUGUCUUCCUCACCUUGACACCCACCUCUAGCGCGCCUGCCUCUACGACUUCUUCGAGCGGUGGCGGCGGCAGCGGCAGUAGCGGCGGGCUUGGCACUGGCUCCAUCAUCGGUCUCUCCGUCGCGGGAGGUGUCGCUGCUAUCGGCAUAAUCUCCUUCUUCGUUUGGAAGUUCACCAGGAAACGCUUCACUGACUUUGACGAUAACGAAGCUAUCAAGUGGCCAGAGUUGAACACUCACGGACAGGACAGUCAUCCGUUACCGACCAACUCCACCGGACGCUCUGGCUUUGGCGCUGAGAGUGCUUCGGACGUGAAUCUGAAUAGGGCGCCUAGUAUUAGCACUGGAUAUGCUCAUUCCAUUGCCACCACUUCCACUCCAGAGCUAUACGGUGCAACCUCAGACCCAUACGCAGUUCCUCCGCUCCCUCACCUAAAUCCUAAUCAGCCUUACCGUGACGAUCCAGGCUACGGCCAAAAUGGAUAUUAUGACCCAUAUAGAGGCCCCAUACCGAAUACCUUCAAUGAUGGGGCCUCAGACGUUGGGCACGGUACGGAGGCAAUUCCAAUGACCCAAAUGUCCCGAACCAGGAGUCCUGCGCCAAAUCUCGCGUAUGACAUGACGGGCCGUGCUUCGCCCUCGUUAACCGCGAAUAGACAUUCUCCCGGGCCACAGGUAGCUUUAGGAUAUGGGAUGGAUGAUAGAUCGAGGAGCCCAUUACCUGGUGCGGUGGUAGGUGGCAGAGCUUCGCCCGCACCUCAGGGUGCUUAUGGGUAUGGUCCGCGGUAG